AUCAGGCAAAACAUCAACAACUUUUACUUUAGCAGCGAAUUGCCCAACUCAUUCAAUUUGUCAAUGCCAGGAGACGUUAUUCAUUUAAAUGUCGGCGGAACCAGAUUCUCUACAUCUCGCCAGACUUUAACAUGGAUACAAGACUCAUUUUUUACCAGUCUGUUAAGUGGAAGGAUUUUAUCACUGAAAGAUGAGACUGGCGCUAUAUUUAUUGACAGAGAUCCAAAAUUGUUUUCUGUCAUUUUAAACUUUCUUCGAAGUAAAGAUGUUGAUUUAAGUGGAAUAAGUUUAUCUGCACUAAAGCAUGAAGCAGAGUAUUUUGGAAUAACACCUUUAGUUCGGAGAUUAGUUCUGUGUGAAGAUUUGGACCAUUCAUCAUGUGGAGAUGUAUUAUUUCAUGGGUCCUUAGGACCACCAUGUCCACCUAUGCCAGAGAUUUUAGAGAAGAAACCAGUCAGUCAAUCAACAAGUAAUAUAACCAGAUCUCCCCAACAUACAACACAGGCUCAUGCAAGGAGCCAAUCAAUGCAUGUAAACCCAGUUCCCACCAGGCAAGAUGCUGCUGCUAGAGUAACGUCAUGUUUCGGAUGUGUAGAAUCAAGAACUUCAUUUCGUAAUGUACAAGUAGACAAACACAGAUCUGAUGUAUUAGGAUAUUUGAAUCCACUGAAAGUGACCAUGGUCCAAGGCCAUCAUAAUUGGAUUUGUAUUUCAUAUCCACAUUUUGUUUGUUGUUUCAGAAUGAAGGAUUCAACAGGGUGGCAUCAUAUAUGGAGUAGUCCUUACAUGGAGAAUGCUGUGGAUAGAGUGGCAUUAAAUGCUAAGGUUGUGGCACAGAACCAGGAGAAUACAAAUAAAAUGGUGGCAGCUUCCAUGGGAAGUUUUGUUCAACUGUGGUUAAUCAUGGAUGAUGGCAGUAGCAGAGAAAUAGGAAUGUUUGAUUUGAGUGUAUCAGUGGACUCUUUGUUCUUUAUUGGAAGUCAGCUUGUGGCAUUGAGUCAGUAUGGUAAAAUAGGUGUGUGGCAUUCCAUGACUCAGCAUUGGCAGAUACAAGAUGUGAUACCAAUUACCAGUUAUGAUACAGCAGGCUCAUUUCUUCUGUUAGGCUGUCAGAAUGGAUCUAUCUAUUAUAUUGAUAUGCAGAAAUUUCCUUUGAGAAUGAAAGAUAACGAUCUACUAGUAACAGAGUUAUACAAAGAUCCUUCAGAAGACAUGGUUACAGCUCUCAGUGUUUACCUUACACCUAAAACAAGUUUGAGUGGUAACUGGAUAGAGAUAGCUUAUGGUACCAGUUCAGGGACUGUAAGAGUUAUAGUCCAACAUCCAGAGACUGUGGGACAUGGACCACAGUUGUUCCAGACAUUUACAGUACAUAGAAGUCCAGUCACAAAGGUCAUGUUGUCAGAAAAACACCUUGUAUCAGUAUGUAGUGAAUACAAUCACGUGAGGACUUGGAGUGUAACAAGAUUUAGAGGCAUGAUAUCUACACAGCCUGGAUCAACACCAUUAGCAUCAUUUAAGAUCGUCUCAUUAGAUGAAGUAGAAGAACAAGCUAGCUGUUCUACAGGAAAUGACUUUGGACCUUACGGUGAACAAGAUGACCAACAAGUGUUUAUACAGAAAACUGUUCCAGAAACAGAUAAAUUGUUUAUUAGGCUAUCUUCUAAUGGUCAGAGAGUGUGUGUGAUAUCGUCUGUGGAUAAUAGCAGUAUUGCAGCAUUUUGUGUACAUGAGUGUGAAGGCUCUAAUAGAAUGGGUUCCAGACCAAGGAGAUAUAUAUUUACUGGUCACACAAAUGGUACAAUACAGAUGUGGGAUCUGACAACAGCCUUGGAGAUGAUGAAUAAAUCUGAUGGUGAAGUAAGGAAAGGAGGGCCUACACCAGAGGAACUAAUGAAACUUCUGGACCAGUGUGAUCUGACUUCCAGAAAUACCACACCUAGUAUCAGCCCAGCCCCCUCAGUGCUACAGGUCCCCAUGGGACCUACGGUCAGUUAUCAAAGUUCAAGGCCAAACUCUAUAGCCAUGGACAGUGAUGCAGGAGAGGAGGAUGGGAAUUAUUACCCAGAUACAAUUGUUACUAAGAUAUAAACAUGUGACAGUCAUGUGACUGAGGAUAAGAUAAUACAAUUGUUUGUUACAAGGAUACAAAAAUGUGAUAGACUUUUAACUUUUAGAGAAUGAGAUGUUUUUGCGCCUAGUGACUUUUAAGUUUUAACCAGAAGUUUUUUUUUCUUAUAGCUUUAACUUAGCUUUAAUCAUUUUUGAUAUAUAUAUGGUGAACCAUAAAAAGGUCAUCCAAGCUUUACUUAAUUGAUAAGAUUAAUCCUUGAUGGCAUUAAUAAGUUGAACUUUGAACUAUCCAUUAAUAUAAUCAUACAUCAUUUAGAGAGAUUAAACUUAAUCUAAGUAAGAAUGUGAUAAUUUUUAACAAUUUUCUUAUUUGCUAUACCAUGAUUACCAUGAAACUUGUCCAUCACAAUUUUUGACCCCCUAAAAAGUUGACUAAAAAUCUGAAUCUACAUUAUAUUUUAAUUAUAAGGGCAUUUGUAUGAAGUCUCCAAGCAUUAGAGGUCAGAUAGAGUAAUGAAAGGGUGAUAGAAAAUCAGUAGGAAAUAUGUAAGUGAAAUAGGGAAAAGUUGUCUUGUCUGGCCCCUCUUAGUUUGCUUUCUUGCUUCUUGCUUAAAGUUAUAUACUGUAAAUUCAGAAAUUAUUGCGAGGUUUUUAUUAAUGGGAAUAAUGCGACUUGGUGAUGAUCGCAAUAAUAAGAACUCGCAUUCUGAUAUUUAGUACAUAUACAUGUAUCUGUAUACAGAUUUUCCCAAAAUCGCAAUAAUUAAUCUAGCAUGUUUGUUCAUUUUUAAAAAAUCGCAAUAAUAAAUACACACAAUAAUUUCUGAAUUAACAGUAGUCUGUAUAAACAAUUUGAUUUAACAGUAUGUUUUGUAGACAUAGUUUGAAUAAACUUGUUAAUAUUUGAAAUGAUCAUCAUCACUGAUUGAGGGGGUUAGGCAUAUAAAUAAUAGAAUGCUGAGACUUUGCAGCGUAAUUUAUGGUUAUUGUAGUGGAUUAUCUGAAUUGGUCCAUUUUGAAAUAUUGAUAAGUGCUGGAAUGGUUAUUUAUAUUCUCAUCUCCUGAGAAUAAAGAAUUUGUAAAGAAAAGUCCAAGCAACCCAUCUCCUUUUGUUUAUUGUAAGUGAUGAUUUAAAUGUUCAUGAUUGACAUCUCUGUCAGUUUAAUGUUUAAGAUUUUUAGAAGUGCUUGGUCUUUACCUGCCAAUGUCUUGUUAAUGGCUAUUCCAUUUAAUUGAAUGUGGAGGGUAUGAAAGAAAUUUUGACCAUUUAUUGUUGGUCAUUUAUGAUUAAAUGUCCAUUUAAUGAUGCAAAAUUUUUAAAAUAAUACUAGAAGAAAGUAUUUUGGUUGUGGUGGGAUUUGAGUCAAUUUCUACCUUCUCAUAUCCAAUUUGAAUGGAAUGGCCUUCAGAGAAUUGAUGCAAAUAUUGAUUUAUUUUUUAAUACGUAAUGGAAUUAUGUUUUUAGUUGUGUUGUUUCUAGAAAAUUAAUCUGUGAUAAAUAUAUUUGUUAAUGAUUGCAACAUUUUUUUAUCAAAUAAAAGUUCCUGGGGUACUAUUAAUGAAUCCCUGACAUUCAGGACCAUCAAUUUCAAAACCUCUGUUACAUUUCCAUGGAACUAUAUUUGUAUGUCUUAAAAUUUAAGUAUUAAAAUGUUUACAAAAUAUCAUUUCAAGAUUAAAGGGUGGAGGUCCAAGGCAGCGAAGGGAGAUAACUCUUUAAUCAGUAAUGCACUUGUUUGUAGUUUCAUCAGUGUCUUAAGCAUUCAGGUGAAUCAGAAUAAAAAUACAUGUAAUCUAUGUUACUGAGAAGCUAAAGACUAUAUACAUUAGAAUGGUAGUUACAAACGUAUCAGUGAUUUAAAGAGUUAUAUCCGUUAUCCUUGUCUACCUCCUUAAUAGAAUUAUGUAACCAAAUUCUGCUUGAUUUAAAUAUUAUAUUAAUAUUUGAAUAUUUUCUUCCAUACAUAUUUAUUUAUUAAAUUGAGAGAUAGUGCAAUAAAAAUUGUGAUUUA